AACAUACGUAAUUCAAUAUGGCAACAUAUUUAUUUUGUAUUGAAAACGUCACUUCGUAUUUCUUUUUGUAAUGAAUGUAAAAAUCUAACAAACAGUGUCCUUUGUUAUGUUUAAUAAACAGAAAAGGUGUGUGUGCCGUUUGUGUUAGUGUUUAACAUGGCAGACUUCGAUGCGAUAUACCCAGACGAGACGGAGCCCGAGGAGAACAUAGAAGAGACGCAUGUGACAUUAGUUCCCGACCCGAUAGUAGUCCGAGGGGCUGGAAACAUGACAGUAUUCGGUCUAAGCAACCGGUUCAGCGGAGAGUUCCCGUCUGGGCUACAGUCGCGCGUCGCGCCCGAGGAGUACCAGGCGACGGUGGCGCGUAUCAACAGCGUGCUGAAGAAGACGCUGCCCGUCAACGUCAAGUGGCUGUUCUGCGGCUGCGUGUGCUGCUGCUGCACGCUGGGCUGCUCGCUGUGGCCCGUCAUCUGUCUCAGCAAACGGACUCAACACUCCUUAAACAAACUCCUGGAAUGGGAGAACAGUCGGCUAUACCACAAGUUGGGACUACGGUGGCGUCUCACCAAGCAGCGAUGCGACUCGUCCUCAAUGAUGGAGUAUGUGCUACUCAUAGAAUUCAUACCCAGAAUACCUAUAUACAGGCCCGACUAAACACUGUUUUAACUGUAAACAUUGAGUUAUAACACAUAGGAACGCAAUCCGCGCACGCGAAGUGUAGAUUAGUUAUUCAUACUAAAAUUAGAAGGAUUUCUGUUGCGUUUUGACACAAUUUAGAUUAUUUGUGGUAUAGAAAUGAACAAGCACUUGGAGAAGGAUAUAAAAUUCUUUAUGUUGCAAAACAAAAUUUCUAAAUAAAUUUAUAAUAAUUAAUUUCUUGUAAACCAUAAAUGAUGUUAAAAAUUGGUAUAUUUUCGAUUGUUUAAAUGUAAUGUUUAAAUAACUAUUUUAAAUUAAAAAAAGGGGUUUAGGGGGAUGUAAGAUUAUGUGGAAAAAGAUAUAGUCACGCUAUGGUUAGACACAGUAGGUACGUACGGUACAGUAGGUAAGGUACUAAAGGUAAUGUUUCCAAAACAAAGUGCUCCUGACUGCAUUUAGGCAAGCUCAAUUUCGGCAGUAGUAGAAAUUAGCUUACGUUAUAGAACGAGUGCUUGCGAUAGUCAGACUACCUCCUUUUUAACUGAUUAAAAAAAGGGAGGUUCUCAAUUCUACGCGUACGUUAUUUUUUUGUUUGUUACCUCAUAACUUCGUCAUUUAUUAACCAAUUUUGAAAAUUCUGUCCAUCUGUCCAUUCGAUGAAUUGAUUGAUAAAAUGUCACUCUAAGGUCAAUUCCUCUGCGCGUGCGCAGACUGCGUUUCUAUGCGUAAUAAUUCUGACUGUAAAUAUGAACACUUAUCGUAAAUUAAAGCGGCGGAUCAAAUGGGCGACAUGUUGAUACGAUUUAGACCUUAUUUUGUAUGGUAUAAGGUGCAUGUUUGUACUCGGUUUUAUGCGAAACUAAUUUACUUUGUAAUUGUUUAAUUUCUAACCCAAAUGUUACCUGUCGUAACUCAUAAAUUGAUGAAUAGGUGAUUUUUUUGACCAAUAUAUUAAUCCUUAUCCAAUUUGUCAGUUACAAUAGGCAAUAUAAUUUUAACUUAAUUGCUUUCAUCUCAACAUUUUAAAAAUAGCAGGCCAUAAAAAUGCGAAAAUGUCUUUGAAAAACUUAUCAAGAUUUUCUAUCUAUGUCGAAGAAAACUUCAUAUUGAAAUACAUGAAGAAUUCGUGGCUUGGAACUUACGCCUUAUAAGCUAAGGUCUAUAAUUGAUUGCUCUUAUUUUAACAAUAUAAAAUGUAUCGCAUCACAGUGCCGCCAUUUUGAUUCGAAGGUAAUAUAGACAAGUACCGCAACUUAUGAAUUGAAUAAGCAAAUGCGUAUCCUAAAUACAAUCUCAAAGUUAUGUGCAUAGUGGCGUGCUAGUCCGUCAACCCGCAUUGAAGCGGCGUCGUGGGUUAACGCUCCUUUUUUAUGUAUGAGCUAAGGUCUGUAACCAGCAAUGCGAUUUAGAUUGAAAAUAGAAUUGCGGAUUGUAUUGUAUUUUUAAUUAGUGGUGGCUUAUAUAAGGCAGGCAAGGCUUUUUGUCUGUCAUGGAGUGCACGCCACUUUGGCUGUGCAAUUUCAAAACAUAGCAAGUGACAUGAAUCUUUAACAGGAAAAUCAAAGAUCAAGUUAUUCAUGUAUAUAAAUUACGGUAUUCAGAUUCACAAAAUACAAAAUUGUUUGAAAUAUUAUUUAUAAUUUCAUAUACAACAUCACAUACAGAAGAUUAAACAGUACAGUAUGUAUAAUCAUGCAUUCUGAAACAAAAAAUAUAUAAUUAAAAAAAAUAAAAAGUAUUAAUUGCAAAAGAAUUAUAGGCAGUGUUUGGGUUGAUGUAAGGAUUGUUGUUCCAUACACAUCUUCUCGGGCAUUUCAAAGUAAUCCCACUUCACACUUAUAUUAUGUGUGCAAAAGUGUGUAUGUGUUUGUAAGUGUUUUUACUAUGUUUGUUUCUCUUUUACGCUGCGGCUACAGAAGCGGUUUGGCUGAAAUUUGGAAUGGAAAUAGAUUUUACUUUGAAUUAACACAUUGCUACUUUUCAUCCCGGAAAUAUCCAUAGUACCGCGGGAUAUGUGAAAAACUGCAUUCCACGCGGACGAAGUCGCGGGCGUUUGUAAGUUGUGAAAUAACGCUUUUUAGGGCAAUCAUGUAAAAACUUGUAUUUCUUAAAAAAUGUCACUUACUAGGUUUUGAAUUUGCGCAGUCACUUGUACAGUAUGUCGGGUCUGUGUAUAUUGUAAAUAGGGUUAACAAUGUCGCCAAGUAAGUGUUUACAAUGCUUUUUGUGUAUAGAUAUGACAUUAAUGAAUUUGCAAAGCUUCAGUUGCCUUCAAAAGCGGUGUUAUCUUAGUGUGUAAUGUAGUUUUAAGUGUUUGUGGUGAUAUAAAGCUUUGUUCGGACUGAUGGGUGUUAGGUCAGCGCUCGUAGAUGGGAAGAUAUACCUUAAUAUAAGGGUACUAAAGACCUUAACUUAAUAUACUUUAAUAUAACCUAAAUAAAGUCAGAAUUUUAACAGGCAUAACAACAUUAUACGUUUAUAUUGUUAUGUAUACACGCUUACACGUCAGAUAUUUAUAUUUAUUUAUAUUCAUAUGAAGUUUUUUUAAGUUGAGCAAAAAUCAUGUAAUGACGGAUUUUUUUAAUGUUUUAAAAAACUUUCUCAAUAGUUUAUUAUGUUUUUAUGUUAAGGUAUAACCUUUUUUAUGGUAGUCAAAGGUUUCCACGCGAAGUUGCAGACAUCCGCUAGUAUAACAAAAAAGUCGAAAUUCUAAAAUAGGUUAAAAUAAAUAGUAGAUCCCUAUUAGAAACGACCUUCACCCAUCUGUUUAAUGAUUUUUUAUCAAAAUUUAGAAAGUUAAAAAAUAUAUUGCGAGUAGGUUGUCCAAAAAUUACCGGACUAAACUAUUAUUAACCAUUAUUAACUAUCAUUUAUGAUAGUUUGACCGGAGUUUAUGAGGCAACCUAUUCGCGAUAUAUUUUUUAACAUAUUAAAGGAGACGGUGAUGGCGGAAAUAAAAGAAUAUUUUUUUUUAACUAUUUUUGAUUAUACAAAACUACGAAUUUACUUUGAUUUGAUUCUUUCGAAAUAAUAUUCAUUCUCUCCCAAGAAAUGGAACACUAAUCCUAUUAAUAAAAUCCUUGUGUUUUUCUAAAUUUCAAUAAUACGGGGUAUAAGAGGUACCUGUAAUGGAUCAUCUCCUUUGAUAUAAAACACUUUUCAUUCAUUAAACAGAUGGGUGAAGGUCGUUUCUAAUACGUAUCUUAGACUUAAAUGACGCCGUCAGUCCGGACAGUUGUUUUAAGUUGUUGAGGUUAUAAGACCUGUGUUAAGAGGCAGAGGCUAGAGAUUAUGUGAAUUAAAUUUCUGUUUUUUAAAUUUAAUUUAGCAAUUGAAGCUGUCAUUAUGUUUUCUUUCGCACAAGUGUAAAAGAAUCGAUUCGCUCAAGUGACAUUACUCCAGAUUUUACCAUCUGAACGUUUAUGUUACCGCAAAUCGUUACUGCCUUUGUAUAUUACGAAUUUAAUAAGCAAAUUUUUACUUAAAUCCUUAUUUAAGUUAUAAUUUUAUUAAAUGUUAUAGGCGUACCAUGUGACUCGGUCCUCGUAUACGUAGUAAAGUAGUAUAAGGUAUGGCGACAGGGGAGUUAGUGAGGGGCAGGGGCAAGAAUAUCUAACACCAUAAUAUUUUUUUAUUAAAAGAAAGGUUACGAAAUAAGGUUAGGUCACAGAAUCUCGAAAACCGGUUUGACGUACAAAGUGACUUUGAAAUUUGGCAGACCGCUUAGAACAGUUUUUGCAAAAGGGGCGAAGUCAGGGGCGUUCGCUAGUUAUAUUACACUCUAAAUUAGCUUCACUUGUAACUAUGUAUGUAAGAAAAUCUUGGAAUCUUAAUUUAACGCACAUCCCGGUCUUCGAUGUUCGAGUUCUGAUGACAACACAUGACUAGCUAAUAAACGUCAUUACAAAUCCAAUAUGGCGGCCUCCCCAAGAUGGAGGACUGGCUGUUUGAAAUCCAACCCCAUGAUAUGGAUAUCAAAUAAAAGGGUUUGUUGUCAGAAAUAUGAAAAAAUAGUCACGUGACUUAAAUCCAAUAUUUGUAAUUUCAUUUAUUAUUUCUAUUUAUUACUAUUUACUAUUUAUUUCAUUUAUCAUAUAAACAGGCGAUUGUUUUGCCCCUGCAUUUCUCUGUCCUCCUUUGACGUCAUACUCAUCCAUGACAUAAAAGACAUGUCUUGUGUGUGACAUAAAAGAGUAGAAAUUAAUAAAAAUGGAACUAAUAAAUAAUUAAUUAAUUAUGAAACAUGCCAAUAACAAAUAUGCCCGACUAGUUUCGAACCCAUAGGGGGCCCUUAGUCAUGAGCUGGUUCUUGCAUAUGCAUAUGAAUAGUUUAAAUUCUAAAUGAAUAAAUAAUUAUCAUUUAUUAUCAAGUAUCAAGGUAGUUUCAAUCGUAAAUAAAUGACAGAACACAGGGUUACCAUAAGAACGACAAUAAGUUACUACAGCGCAGAUGAGGACUGAGUUAUGCGGUUCGUCUAUAUCGAGGGUUCCAUUUGCCUCUCAUAAGCAAACAUCGGUGCUGAUUCCAAUGUCACACAAAUAUCUGAACUAAAUUGAGAGUUCUUGGAUUAGUGCUAUCACAAUCACAAUAUAUCCUUUUAGAAAAGGAUAGCACAAGUUUUAGAUAUGAAUUAUUUGAUUUAGAGAUUUCUGUAUAAUAGUAUAACCGAAUUUGCGCCAUGCCAAGGUAAAUAUGCUUGUCCGCAAGUCUUGUUUUUUGAUGAGAAGUGUAUCUCGUACAAAGGAAUCGUCUUAACAUUUGUAGAAUCUUUAUACUAAAAUCGGGUUAUGUGUUAAUAAUAAUUGAAUGAAAUAAGUCAUUGAAUGAAUUUAUGAAAAAUCUUUGUGUUAACGUCUACAUCAAUGAAGUCCGGCCGCUCAGAGAUUGCAUUUCUGGCAGAUCAUGAUCGAAUGUACAAGGUUGUUGAACUGCGCUGUUUCAAGGUUAUGCCAACUGUUUGUCUUUGUAGUGAUGAGACAAAAUAACGAGGUAAUAGGCUACUUGACACUUUUUUAAUAUGGUCCUAAAUUGUUCAUUAUUGUUCUACUAGAUCGAUUUUUUUUUUUAAUUUUUUUAAACAUUAUUACAUGAAAGUUUUAGUUUUCAAAUGUGUUUUUGACAAUACGAGCCAAAACGCCUGCUGACCAUGACAACUAUUUCAUGAUAAAACACUCACUAUAAUAAAUCUCUUACAAAUCGUUUGACAAAAAUAGUUUGAAGUUUAGCGCAUCAAUUCAGUUAGUGACGUCACAAAAUGGACGACAGCUAUUUUGACAUUUGGAAAAUUUUAAAAAAUACGUGAUAUUUAAAUUAAGUUUUUUAAGAAAUCCUUAACUUUUAUAAAUGAUAUUUUUUAAUUUUUAAAUGAUAUUUUUAUAAAUCAUAUUUCGGACCCUUAUUCCAUGUACUACACGAAAUGAUUAUAGUUUAUAUUAAAUAUGAUAUGAGUCCUACCCUAUUUUAAUUGAAUGUGUUUGUCCCAUUCGAUCCUCCAUCUGUCAGAAACGCAAUCUCUGAGCGGCCGAACUUUACAGAGUUUGUUCCACACUCCCUCUGGCGUCAUCAGCCGCCUGUACUGCGUAGUUGAAGCCUGCAUUGUGAGGUUUGCCUAUAAUAAAUCUUUGAUUAGAUAGAACACGCGAUGCUUGUCAGAUGGCAUGUUAUAAGUGUACUUCAGUUUUAAUGUUAUAUAUUGUGUACUUUAUAGAGCGAGAGACAAUGGCCAGAUCUUGGCCAUUUUAUGAAAGCUGAAAGUCUGUCCUACUAUAAGUACCUAAGUAUGGAAGGCAAUAAUUAGUUUAGUACUUAUUGUAUUGCUAUAAUAGGUGACACUUUUUAGGGUUUUAAAUUGUAUAUUUUUUGAGACGUGGAUUACAUGAAAAUUUUAAUUUUUAAAUAUUUAUUUAAUAAUACGAGCCAAAUCGCUGUCGGGCAUGAUGAUCUAUAUUUAAACUGUGUCAUGACGUCACGUUGACAAAUCCUGUACCAAACGGAGCGUUAGACAAAAAAUAGUUAUCAAUUAGUUUGAGGUUUAGUAAAUCGAGUAACAUGUGACGUCACAAAAUGGACGACAGCGUUUUUGACGUUUGGAAAAUUUUAAAAUACAUGAUUUCUAAGUUAAGUUUUAUAAGAAAUCCAUAACUUUUAUUAAUUAAUAUCGAUAUAUUUCGGACCCUUAUUCCAUGUACAAUGCGAAAUUAAUAUUGUUUAUAUUAAAUUUGAUAUGAGUCAACUGCUCUAAUUGACUGACUGUCAGCUAUUAUGAAAUGACGAAGGUCAGGCUAUCGCAGCGUCUUACAGUGGAAUUCAUAGACGUUGUAGGGGUACCCCCAGGGGAUCAUUCAGCCGCUUAGUGUCGAAUUUAACCUCUAUUUGAAAUUUGACGCUCAGCGGGUGAAUGAUCCCCUAGGGGUGCCCCUACGUCUAUGAAUUUCACUGUUAGAUCACAGACACAAGCCUUUUAUGAGGGAGGGGAUCAAUUUUGCGUCGACCAGAGUUUGAGAGCGUAUGUUAUGCAGUCUUAUGUUAGAAAAUAUUUCGGAACUGUGUUAUUAGAGAAGUAAUUGUUUAUAGUAGUGUAUUGUUUAGAUAUUUACGCCCUCUUUUCCCUUUUCAACAUGUUGUCAUGGGUUUUUAAUAAUCUACUAAUAUUAUGUAUAAGCAAAGUUUGUCACCGAAAGCGCAACGCAUACGUGGACCUAUAGACUCGUUUUUGAUCGCCUGAAUGUUGUUACGCCAAGGUCAUCCCUUACUCAUAAAGGUGGAUUAAAAUUUAAACAUCAAUUUUUCAAAGCAAAGUGUUUAAAGUUCACUUUACUUUUGACGGCCUCCGUAGCGCAGUGGUAUGCGCGGUGGAUUUACCAGACGGAGGUCCUGGGUUCGAUCCCCGGCUGGAUCGAUUGAGGUUUUCUUAAUUAGUCCAGGUCUGGCUGGUGGGAGGCUUCGACCGUGGCUAGUUACCACCCUACCGACAAAGACGUACUGCCAAGCGAUUUAGCGCUCCGAUACGAUUUCGCUUAGAAACCGAGUGUGGAUUUUCAUCCUCCUCCUAACAAGUUAGCCCCCUUCCAUCUAAGAUUGCAUCAUCACUUACCAUCAGGUGAGAUUGUAGUCAAGGGCUAAACCUUUAUUAAUAAAAAAAAUAAAGACGAAAUUUGAGAUUUAAAUCCUAAUCCAUGUUUAUAUACGAGGUCAGUAAAGGUUUACUGUAUAAAUUCAUAUAUAAUUUUAAAAAAAAUGCCAUUAUUAAACACAGUUCGUGAAGUCUUGCCACCGCAAAGUUUUAUUGAGCAACGGUUGAAAAGCGAACAGGGUAUGUUGACAUUAAGUUGUAAUUUAAGCGAAUGUAAAUAUUUUAAGUACCUACAUAUAAUAUAGAGUAUUUUUGUUCACAUAAUAAAUCUCACUAUGUGAUGA